AUGAGUAUUAAGCUGGUAGUUGGUGGGUUUACUGUAAACGUGAUUAGUGCAUAUGCUCCUCAAGUAGGUUUGGACCAGGAGGUCAAGAAGCAAUUCUGUGAGGAUUUGGACGAGAUGGUACGUAGUAUCCUGCACACAGAGAAGUUGUUCAUUGGCAUAUAUUUCAAUAGCCAUAUUGAGGCUAGUGCUAAGGGAUAUGAUGAUGUGCAUGGCGGGUUCGAUUUUGGGGAUAGGAAUGAGGGAGGUAAUUCACUGUUGGAUUUUGGUAGAGCUUUUGAUUUGGUUAUAGCUAACUCGAGUUUUCCGAAGAGGGAAGAGCACCUGGAUCAUAAAGGGGACUGGUGGUGGAAUGGAGAGGUUCAAGGUAAAGUGGAAGUUAAGAAAGCUACUUAUUUGAAGCUAGUGGAGAGUACAAAUGAGGUGGAAAAAAGGACUUAUCAGGAGUGUUACAGAAAGGCAAAGAAAGAGGCGAAGUUAGAAGUUACGACGGCUAAGAAUGCGGCAUUUGCUCGUUUGUAUGAUGAGCUCGGGGGCAGAGGCGGGGACAAGAAGUUGUACCUAUUGGCCAAGGUGAGGGAGAGGAAAACCCGCGACUUAGACCAAGUCAAGUGCAUCAAGGACGAGGAUGGCAAAGUGUUGAUGGACGAGGCACUUAUUAGGAGAAGAUGGCAGACAUACUUCCAUAAACUGUUGAACGAGGAGGGGGAUAGAAGCAUUGUGCUGGGUGAGUUGGAGCACUCUGAGAGUCGGCCGGAUUUUAGGUACUGUAGGCGGAUUACGGUAGAGGAGGUGGAAGGGGCGAUGCGUAAGAUAUGCAGGGGCAGAGCGACGGGGCCAGACAAAAUCCUAGUGGAAUUCUGGAAGAGCGCGGGGCAGGCAGGUUCGGAGUGGCUCACUGGGUUGUUUAAUGUUUGGGAGAGGGUGGUUGAGGCCAGGGUGAGGAGGUGCGUGUCUAUUUCUGAGAAUCAAUUUGGAUUCAUGCCGGGGCGUUCGACUACGGAAUGUAUUCAUCUGGUAAGGAGAUUAGUGGAGCAGUACAGGGAGAGGAAGAAGGAUUUGCAUAUGGUAUUUAUUGACCUUGAGAAAAUGUACGAUAAAGUCCCGAUGGAGGUACUGUAG